CCUCAGUUGCAUCUUUUCCUCCAUAUAUCACUAUUUGUUUUGCUCUCUCCACGCCUUUUCUGUUUACACAAGAAAAUGGAUGGCAAGAAACUGGAGUACAAAGGAGAGGCUGCACUGAAAGAGAUAGAGAGGCUCACAUCUGAGGCUGACAUUGUCCAGCAAAACAUCCUGAAGGAGAUCUUAGUGCAAAACCAGAAAACCGAGUACUUGAGCAAGUACUCGAGAGGGUCAGCCCUGGACGCUUGCGAGUUCAAGAAACUGGUCCCCGUGAUCACUUACAAGGCCAUUCAACCUUACAUUGAAAGAAUUGCUCAUGGUGAAGAUUCGUCUCUGAUUACAGGAAAACCCAUCACUGAAAUGUUAUGCAGCUCGGGGACUUCUGCUGGAGAGCCCAAGAUGAUGCCAUCGAUUGAGGAGGACAUUGACCGAAGAACCUUUCUUUAUAAUCUCAUCAUGCCCAUUAUGAGCCAGUAUCUUACGGGGCUCGACGAGGGCAAGGCCAUGUACUUGUACUUCGUCAAGGCAGAAAGGUCCACCCCAUGCGGCUUGCCUGCCCGGUCCGUGCUGACGAGCUACUACAAGAGCAAGCGCUUCAAGUUCCGGGCCCCCGAUGCGUACAAUGACUGCACGAGCCCAUAUGCAGCCAUCCUGUGUGACGACGGCGAGCAGAGCAUGUAUUGCCAGCUCCUGUCAGGUCUUGUCCACCGGCACCAGGUCCUGCGGCUCGGCGCGGUCUUUGCUUCCGCGUUCCUUCGUGCCAUAUCGUUCCUCGAGCGCAACUGGGGCCGCAUGUGCGACGACAUAGCCGUCGGCUGCCUAGACCCCUUCAUCACUGAUCCCGAGUGCCGAUCCUCCAUGUCGAGCAUACUACUGCCACCGAACCCCACCCUCGCGGCUGAGAUCCAGGAACUCUGCAGCUCUCCAUCGUGGAAGGGGAUAUUGUGCCGGCUUUGGCCAAGGGCGAAGUACAUUGAGGCCGUCGUGACAGGGUCGAUGGCGCAGUACAUACCGGCCCUCGAGUACUACAGUGAGGGGAAGCUGCCGCCGGUGUGCACAAUGUACGCCUCGUCGGAGUGCUACUUCGGGGUCAACCUGAGGCCGCUGUGCGACCCACACGACGUCGCGUUCACACUGCUGCCCAACAUGGGCUACUUCGAGUUCAUACCCCUGGGAGGGAACGGGACGCUGGUGAUGGAAAUCGACGAGGACGAGGAAGUGUCCGGUCGCAGGCUCGUGGACUUGGUCAAUGUCCGGGUCGGGUGCUAUUACGAGCUCGUGGUCACUACAUUUGCUGGGCUCUACCGGUAUCGGAUUGGAGAUGUGCUCCAGGUAACAGGCUUUCACAAUCGCGCACCACAAUUCCGAUUCAUUUGCCGGAGGAAUGUCGUCCUCAGCAUCGACAAUGACAAGACGAAUGAGGAAGAUCUCCACAAGAGCAUCACAGCGGGUAAAAAACUGCUAGAGCCCCUCGACGCCUUCCUUGUGGAGUACACAAGCCGAGUGGACACUUCAUCCGUCCCAGGGCACUAUGUCCUCUACUGGGAAAUCAAGCAUCAUCCCAGGUCGCCGCCGUCGGCAUCGUCAAACAAUUCAGGGGCAAACAAGCUGGCCCUCGAUGGUCGCGUGCUUGAGGAGUGCUGCAUCGUCGUGGAAGAGCUGGACUACGUCUACAGGCGGUGCCGCACCAAUGACAGAUCGGUUGGGCCGCUCGAGAUUAGGGUCGUGAAUCCUGGGACGUUUGAGUUAUUGAUGGACUUCUUCAUAAGCCAAGGAGGGUCCAUUAAUCAGUACAAGACUCCUAGGUGCAUAAAGUCCAGUGCUGCCCUCGAGUUGCUUGAUGGUAAUGUGGAGGCCUCUUUUUUCAGCCCUAGAGAUCCAACCUGGAGACCUUGAAAUUGAGUAGGAACUUGAAAGUACGUGACUUGGCGAUGCAAUGAGUCCAAAUCCUCAAUGGAGCAAUAAUUCAAUAUUCAUGAAGUAGUAACGUAGGACCUCAAUGCUCUCAUGUUGAUGUCAAAAUGGAUCAUCUUGAUGUCAAAAGUGGAGUUGAUUAAGUUUGCUUUGCAAUA